GGGCCGGGCCCGCCGCGCCGCGCCGCCGGGCGGGGAUGCUGCGGGGCUCCGGGCAGAGCCGGUAGCCCGCCGGGGCCGGGCCGGGCCGGGCCGUGCCAGGGAUGCAGGGCAAGGGCAAGCUGCUGCUGGUCCACAACGGGCGCAUGGGCCCGGCCGUGUCGGAUGGAGAAUUAAACGCCUCCAGGGCCCGGGGCAGCAACCACAGCGUGAACAGCCUGCCCGCCCCGCAGACCACGUGCAGCUCCGCACACGGCUCUGUGGGCAGCUGGGCAGAGUCCUUCGAGACGCUGCUGCAGGACCGCGUGGCCGUCACCUACUUCACCGAAUUCCUCAAGAAGGAGUUCAGCGCCGAGAACGUCUACUUCUGGCAGGCAUGCGAGCGCUUCCAGCAGAUCCCGGCCAGCGACACGCAGCAGCUGGCGCAGGAGGCGCGGCGGAUCUACGAUGAGUUCCUCUCCAGCCACUCGGUGAGUCCCAUCAACAUCGACAGGCAGGCCUGGAUCGGGGAGGAAAUGCUGGCCACCCCCUCCCCAGACAUGUUCCGCCUCCAGCAGCUCCAGAUCUUUAACCUGAUGAAGUUCGACAGCUACACGCGCUUUGUGAAGUCCCCCCUCUACCAAGCCUGCCUGAGGGCCGAGAGCCAGGGGCAGCCCCUGCCAGACCUGCGGCCCCACUCCCGCAGCAGCAGCCCCCCCCCAGACCUCAGCAAAAAGUCGAAGCUGAAGCUGGGGAAGUCCCUGCCUCUCGGCGUGGAGACGGCCGGCAGCGGGGCCACCCGCAGCCCCCGCCGCUCCUUCCGCAAGGGCGAGCGACGGGAGCCCUCCUGGGCAGGUAGGCACCGUGUAGGGCAGCUGGGGACAGCCCCGUCCCCACGCCGUCCCCAUCCACGGGUGUCUGUUUGUCCUAGACGGGGGAGAAGGCGGUGGAAGCGCCGUGCUGUGGAGAGAGUCCCAGGGCUCCCUCAACUCCUCCGCCAGCCUGGACCUGGGCUUCCUCUCCUCGGCCAGCACGGCCGCCAGCCCCUGGACGGAGGUGAGUCCUCGCCGGGCCGGCCCCGCGCCGCCACCGGCCCUGCUGAUGGCGGCUCUCCCGUCCCGCAGGGCCAUCGCAAGAGCCUGGGGGGCAGCGAGGCCGAGGCCAAGCCCACCAAGUACUGCUGCGUCUACCUGCCCGACGGCACGGCCUCGCUGGCCGCUGUGCGGCCCGGCCUCUCCAUCCGCGACAUGCUGGCUGGGAUAUGCGAGAAGCGCGGCUUCAGCCUCCCCGACAUCAAGGUGUACCUCGUGGGCAACGAGCAGAAAGCGUUGGUGCUGGACCAGGAGUGCUGCGUGCUGGCAGACCAGGAGGUGAAGCUGGAGAACAGGAUCAGCUUUGACCUGGAAAUCUCCUCCCUGAGCAAGACCAUCCGCAUCACGGCCAAGUCCACCAAGCGCAUCCGGGAAGCGCUGCAGCCCGUGCUGGGCAAAUACGGCGUCAACGUGGAGCUGGUGCUGCUGCGGCGGCAAGGUGAGUCGGCAGCGCUGGACCUAGAGAAGCUGGUUAGCACGGUGGCUGCGCAGAAACUCGUCCUGGAAACGCCAGCAGACAUGAGAGUGACAGAGAGCGCCGAGGCUGCGGCCGCCCCCUCCCCGCUCCGCAGCGAGGAGGGAAGCCCGACGGGAGCGGAGGCCGACGCGCCGUGGGGGAUGCCCUCCUCCUCCUGCAGGUCCCGGUCCUUGGCUGCCACCAACCUGAACCGCCGCACCUACGACCUGGAAGGGCUGGUGGAGCUGCUGAACCGUGCCCAGAGCUGCCGGGCCAACGACCAGCGGGGGCUGCUCUCCAAGGAGGACCUGGUGCUGCCUGACUUUCUCCAGCUGCCGGGGCAGGACGGCAGUGCCUGCGGGGGCUCCGAUCAGCCCAGCGCCCCUCACCCGGGAUCCGAGGGGAACAACCACCCCGGCCCCGCCGAGGAGCCCGCACCGGCUCAGCCCGCGGUCGAGCAGGAGCCCCGGUGAGCCCUGCCCCACGCCCGCACCCAGCGCCUGGCGCCGCCGACACUGCCCGGACCGCAGAUUCGUCCACGUCCUGUCCCAAACUCGUGUCGUGUUGCUGUGAGUGGUUGAGCAGCUGCCGUGCCCCUUGGUGGGGCCACGUCCCGGUGCACGUCCAGGGAGUCCUGUACAUAGUUUGAGCCCCCCGCUGCAAAGCACUCGGCAGCGUCCCGCGCACGCCUGGCACUGCCCUGCCCGGUGCUUCUGCCUCCCCUGCCUGGGGCAGGGCUGCCUCGGGGUGAAUCCUGCUUGCGCCAGGCUGGCACGGCCCCCCGGGAAGCAGCCUGCCAGCUGAAGGGCGUGCGGGAUGGAGAGGAUGUGGGUGGAUGGGGUGGCAGGGCAGGGCAGCCCUGGGCCCCCGUGCCAUGGGCAGGCAGGGACGGGAGAGCGGGUGGGGAUGGAUCUAGCCCCAUCCCGGCAGUGGGUUCCCAUGGCAAGACCCUGCAUGGGGAGCUGCUGAAAUGGCCCCCUGCCCUGUCCCUGCUGGGGCAGUGGGCUCUCAGCCCUCGGGGCCAGGCUUGCCCCGUGUUGGAGGCACCGGAGCAGCUCAGCACCUCUGGGUGCUGAGCAUCUCAGCCUGCCCUGGGUGCUGCCAGGUCCCCGAAGUGCCCAGCCUGCCCGCGCGGCCAGACCUGGCUGCGCCCUGGGCCACCGCUCGGUCCCCACUGCCUGGCCAGAGGCAGAGGGGUGGCCCAGGGCAGCCUCCUUGGGGGGGAGCACAGCCCCCGGGCCGGCCCCCAGGGCUGGCACAGAGCCCUCGUGUGUCUCCGUGGUGCUGCUCGGUCCUGUCCAUGGUGUGAAACCGGGGGAAAUAAAGAGCAUUGCCUGGAA